AUCGGAUGUAGCAACGGGGAAGAUAUUUUAAGGGCACGUGUAGAAGUCGGUAAUAGUGGAGUCUACUCGAUUGUCCAACUCAUCUCUCUUUUCCCAAACAAAAUUCACGUGGCACCCAUAAAUAUCGCAUUCCGCGCUUUCAACCAUUUCUUCUAGAUUCAUUUCACACUCAACACAACACUCUCAAUGUGCAAAAAACUGAAAAAAUUCAAAUAAUCCAACACAAGAUGCUUCACCAUCCAUUACUCUGCGCUUCAAGAACCGCCACUCAAUCUACACUCUGCGCAUUCGUUUUCUCCGGCACCGGCAACGUUCUUCCUGGUCGCAAUUCACUCGCCGGGAAUUUCGGGUUGAAGUUUAGUAAGCAAAUGUCUGGAAGCAAAUUGAAUUAUAGUCAGACAAGAGAAGGUUUCAAGCUUAGGACAACUAAUGCUAAUGCUAAUGCUUAUGGUCAUGCUCAAGAAGAGGUUCUUAAGGAAGAAGCCAUCGAAGUGGUGGAGAACAGACCAUCCUGGGAGACUUCUCCAGGCCAAGCUUUUCCGUUGGGUGUAUCACAAGUCGACAAUGGGAUCAAUUUUGCUAUAUUUUCACAGCAUGCAACUGCUGUCACACUUUGUUUGCUCCUUCCUGAAAGGGGAAGCAUUGACACGCUGGAUGGUGGUAUGAUAGAACUGGCUUUGGAUCCUCAUUCAAACAAAACAGGGGAUAUCUGGCACAUAUGUAUUGAGGAUCUUCCUAGGAGCAAUGUUCUGUACGGAUACCAGAUUGAUGGACCUCAAGACUGGGGUACGGGGCAUCGAUUUGACAGAAGCAUUGUGCUUGUUGAUCCUUAUGCAAAACUAAUUGAAGGUCGAAGAUAUUUUGGGGAUAUUAGCAGGAAAUUGUCCAAGUUUCUAGGCACAUAUGAUUUUGACAGCCUGCCUUUUGACUGGGGAGAAAAUUACAACCUUCCAAAUAUUGCCGAGAAAGAUCUUGUUAUAUAUGAGAUGAAUGUCCGUGCAUUUACAAUGGAUGAAUCUAGUGAGUUGGAUAACAACAUUCGUGGAAGCUAUCUUGGUGUAAUUGAGAAGAUCCCACACCUUUUAGAGCUUGGUAUCAAUGCAGUGGAGUUGCUGCCAAUCUUUGAGUUUGAUGAGAUGGAAUUGCAGAGACGUCCAAAUCCCAGAGAUCACAUGAUUAAUACGUGGGGUUAUUCAACAAUAAAUUUCUUUGCUCCUAUGAGUCGCUAUGCUAGUGCUGGUGGAGGACCAGCUAAUGCUUCCCAAGAGUUGAAGCAAAUGGUUAAAGCCUUACAUUCUGCUGGCAUAGAGGUUAUUUUGGAUGUUGUCUACAAUCAUACAAAUGAGGCUGAUGAUCCUAAUCCUUACACUACUUCAUUUCGUGGCAUAGAUAAUAAGGUUUAUUACAUGCUGGACGACAAAGGACAAUUGCUGAAUUUCUCUGGCUGUGGAAAUACAUUGAAUUGUAACCAUCCUGUGGUCAUGGAUCUAAUUCUUGACAGCCUAAGACAUUGGGUAACUGAGUAUCAUGUGGACGGAUUUCGAUUUGAUCUCGCAAGUAUACUGUGUCGAGGAACUGAUGGUUCCCCCCUCAAUGCUCCUCCCCUCAUCAGGGCAAUUGCUAAAGAUGCUGUCUUGUCAAGAUGUAAAAUUAUUGCAGAGCCUUGGGACUGUGGAGGUCUAUAUCUUGUUGGAAGUUUUCCGAAUUGGGACCGGUGGGCGGAAUGGAAUGGGAAAUAUCGUGAUGAUAUACGGAAAUUUAUCAAGGGUGAUUCUGGUAUGAAGGGGAGCUUUGCAACUCGUGUUUCUGGAUCUUCUGAUCUCUACAGAGUGAACAAGCGUAGACCAUAUCAUGGUAUUAAUUUUGUUAUUGCGCACGAUGGAUUUAGCUUGCGUGAUCUUGUUUCAUACAACUUCAAGCACAACGAAGCUAACGGGGAAGGUGGAAAUGAUGGAUGCAAUGAUAACUUUAGUUGGAAUUGUGGUUUUGAAGGUGAAACUGAUGAUGCUAGUAUAAGAGCUCUGCGGUCGAGGCAAAUGAAGAACUUUCAUCUAGCAUUAAUGAUUUCUCAGGGAACACCGAUGAUGCUAAUGGGGGAUGAAUAUGGCCAUACUCGCUACGGAAAUAACAAUAGCUAUGGGCAUGAUUCUGCCAUUAAUUUUUUCUUGUGGGAUCAGUUGGAUGCAAGGAAGGGAGAUCACUUUAGGUUUUUCUCCAAUGCGAUAAAGUACCGGCAUGCACAUAAAACAUUGAGUCAUGAAAAUUUUCUCAGCGAGAAUGAAAUAACAUGGCAUGAAGACAAUUGGGACAAUUACGAAAGCAAAUUUCUUGCAUUUACGCUUCAUGACAAAAGUGGAGGAGAUAUCUAUUUAGCUUUUAAUGCUCAUGACUACUUUUUGAAAGCUCUGCUGCCCACGCCCCCAACAAAAAGAAAGUGGUUUCGUGUGGUGGACACUAAUCUUCAAUCUCCUGAUGACAUCGUCCUCGAUGGUGUCCCAGGCAUAGGAGAAACGUACAGUAUAGCUCCAUACUCCUCCAUUCUUCUGGAGGCCAAGUUUUGAUCGCAGAAGUUGUUGUAUAGAUGUAUCCAUAAAAGAAUAAAAAGGAAAAUGUUGUUGUAUACACGUGACUGGGAUGUAAUGUUAAUCUUCUUUUCAAGUCAGCUGGAUGAAAAUGCUCUGAAUUAGGUUCUUGGCUCAGUAUGGCCUCUGAAGUUACAGUUUAGUAUUAGUUGACAUGUGUACUAAAUAGAAGAGAAACGCAUCUGUAUGGAAAUAUGUUGUAGUUCACCACGAAUCAAGGGGAAUAAUUGGAGGAGAGGGACAUCUGAAAUCAUAUAAAUGUUGAGAAUGGUGCAGGGCUUAUAUGCAAGGUACAAGCUACUUUAGGGUGGUCCUACGAAGUUUGGAUUGUAGAUUAGUACCUUAUCUGUUCGAUAAAUGUCAUUGUCUAUCUACUAUAUAUAGUUCUAUAUAUAUAUAUAUAUAUACACACUUGAGAUCCUAUAUAUUGUAAUCUUGGUUGAA